AAAGUGACUUUGUACCGCUCUCUGUUCAUAUAUCAGAUACAUUGCAAAAAAGAGCUCAUGAUGACCGAAUAACUACCUCCAGAUUCCAGUGGUUAUUAGAAAGUUUGUCAAUGGAAGCUUCCAGGUUUUCAUUUUGGGUAAUAGCCUACGACACCCGUUAACAUUCUUACGCCUCACAGUUUCUAGGUGGGUAGCUUCUACCUGGAACUGGUUCAGUUUGUCCCUUUGCGAAUCGUCUAGUGUGUCUAGGUUGGUCAUACGGAUAAGGGUGAUAACAGUAUAGAAUUGGAUAUACAAUGCGAGCGGACUGAAUGCUGCUGACUAGUUGAGUCGAGCCCAUUUUCUACGUCACACACGCCGCUCAAUUUUUUCUCAGCCAACUCCACUUUUUUCCUUUCCUUUACCUUUAAUUCUUGUAUAUUGCAGACAUGGCAGACGUCGCAAGUGCAACCAACGGUGACAUUGGAGCCGUAGAAGAACCCUUGGAUCUUGUUCGCUUGUCUCUGGAUGAGAAAAUCUAUGUUAAACUUCGCGGCGAUCGUGAAUUACGGGGUUUAUUACACGCAUAUGACGGCCAUUUGAACAUGGUGUUGGGCGAUGUCGAGGAAACUAUUACAAUCGUUGAUGUCAAUGAGGAAACUUAUGAAGAGCUUAUCAGAACCGUGAAGCGCACUUUUGACAUGUUGUUUGUUCGUGGAGACGGUGUGAUUUUGGUCGCUCCCCCAUCAAGAGCAUAAAUUUUAUCCAGAAUAUGUUUCAACUAUAUAACGACCCUAGUGUGAUUGCCUAAGCGAAGACACCUUGACUUUGAUUGCCGAUAUGUAUGUAUGCGAAUGCUAGAACUGGCACAUAUCGUUCGACCCAUUCAUGGAUGAGAACAGAGUGGCAGGAUGGCACUUGUUCUAUCAUCAAAUAAACAUGUGCAUGUGUUAAACGUUUGGUACAAUUGUGCAGCUUUUGAGUUGGGUCAGAUUAGCAAAUAGUGGAUCAGAUAAAUCGACAAUGGGCCAACAUAUAAAACGA